GUGUCUGUCUGCUGGGCGGAGGAGAGGAGCAGUCUGACGUCUUGUUGGUGUGAAAAACACACUCUGACAACAGCUCAGCAGGCGAGACGAGCACGGAAAACUGAGGAACACUUUUCUUUUUCAACUUCUUCCCACUUCCUUCCUUCCUGCAUGACUACGUGAAGACAAGAAGCAACACAGUUAUGGAGAGCUCCAUUGAGGUUUCCCAGACUGAUGGCACCUCUAACCCCAAGCCAGCGCUGGCCCCCAAACCUCGGCUCACUCCCAAGCCCUUCUCCCUGCAGAAGAACACCACCAUUCGCUCCAUCCAUGCCCCGAAGACGGUCGCUGCAACUUCUAAGACAACAACACACCAGACUGGAAAACCUAAGGCCACAGGCGUCCCCAAACCGACUGUGCCCACCCCCGCACAGAAACCCCCUCAACAAACCACCACCUCAGAUUCCAAACCCAGACCUGGAAGCGUGCUCCCCAAAGACCAACCAAAAGCAACCAAAGAAAGCAAAGCAAGUCCACAUGGAGAGGAUAAAGUUGAUUUUAGUGUAAGAAAAUCAGAUCCAGCCUCACAAACUGCUCCACCCAAACAGACGCCCAAGUCCGAGCCAAUCCAGAGAGAUGAUGUCACCCAAGCAAACCACAAAGUAUCCACGGAUACUGUAAACUCAGAACAGAUAGACGGAAAAAAGAAAGAAGACAAAACUCAGACGUCUGUCAUCCAAAAUCUUAAAGAAUCAGGAAAUGAUGUUUCCUCUGCAGACAAUCCAGCACGUCGAUGGGGCGGCAGCAGGAAGCGUCUGUCCAUGGAGCUCACCUCCAAGUUCGAGUCAGGUGGCCUCUCUCUGCCCCCACAGCCAAGUGUAACCACCUCUACAGCCAGCACCAAAGAUGAUGCAAACAAGCCCUCAGAUCCAGAGCCGAGCCGGAUGACAUCAGAGCCGUCAAACAGAGAGAGCGAUGAUGGUGCACUGAAGGAGGAUAACAGCGAAGGAGGCAGUAUAAAACGCAGAAUCAGCCUCCUCUUUGACUCGCCAUCAAGGCCAGAGGCCGCGACAAAGAGAGAUGAGCCAGAAAUCAUAAAUGGUACAGAAAGUGUAAAGGGGGUCAAGGAGAGGAUCAAAAAAUGGGCCACGGAGACGAUCCCUGAGGGUCCAAAGACUGAGAAGAGGCCUCUGGUUGCACCCCGACCUCGCUCUAAGAGCUUUGAGCCAGCAACUGCUCCAACAGUAGAGAAAAGACCCAAAAUGCCGCCCGUUGAACCUCCUGCAACCGGGACACCAACCAGUCAGGCGGUGGAUCUUCCUUCAAAGGUGUCCCCCGCUGAACAACCCACAGAGACACCAAUGGAAACAUCUGAAGAUGCUCUUGCUGGAGUGAAGUCCUCGGAGAGCUCCAGAGAGACAUCAGGAGAGCAUGUGCAGAACAGAUCAACAGAGUGUGAUGUCCAACUGCGUAAGCACAGCUCAUCUACACCCCACACUGCCACUGAGGAGGGAGACUCAAGUACUCAACAUGGUCUAAAGAGGGACAAUGGCAAACGCCGCUCUGUUCGCUUUGGCGUCGUGGAGAGAGAUGAUGGUGGGCCUCCAGUGGUCCUGGGCUCAGCGUCUGAGUCCAGUGAAGAAGAAGGAGAAACUUCUGAGGAUGAAGCUGAGGAGGACAUCUCUGUUUCAGUGCCUGUCUACAGAAGAGCAGGAGGUCUUCCGAAGAAGGAUGAUGAUGAGGUGCAAAAGCAAGAAGAGGAACGACUGAAACAUCUGGAAUUUGAAAAAAGACGGAGAGCCGAGGAGCACGAACAGGCAAGGCUCAAGUUGGAAGAGGAGCGGAAACGAAAAGAAGAAGAGGAAGAAAGGGAGAAAGAAAAGGCGAGGCAGAGGGAAGAGGAGGAAAGGGAGAGAGAGAGGUUGAAGGAGGAGGAAAUGGAGAGACAGAGGAAGGAUGAACGGGAGAGAGAAAGGGUGAAAGAAGAGGAGAGGAAAAGGGAAAGGCUGAGAGAAGAAGAGUUGGAGAGUGAUAGAGAGAUGCAGCUGAUGAGGCAGAGACAGAGAGAAGAGGAAAGAGACAGGGCGAAGCAGAAGGAGGAGAGACUUAGACAAGAUCAGGAGGAGAGGGAAAAAGAGAGAUUGAAGGAGGAGGAGAGGAAAGAGGAGAGACUGAGGGAGGAAAGAGAGAGACAGAGGCUGAGAGAGGAGGAGGGGAGAUCAAGUCACGACCACAAGGAACACAGAUUGGAGGAAAAACUGAGAGCGAAGGAAAUAAACAAAAGAAAACAAAGAGAGGAGGAGUGGGAAAAAGAGUGGGUGAAGAAGACAGAGAGGCUGACAGAAGAUGAAGGAGAGAGGGAAAGAGAGAAAGAGAUGGAGUUGAUGUGGCAGAGACAAAAAGAGGAGGACAGGGAGAGAGCAAGACAGAAAGAGGAGAGACUCAGACAGGAGGAGAGAGAAAGACUGAGAGAGGAGGAAGAGAGAUCGAUUCCCGACCACGAGGAACACAGAUUGGAAGAAAAACUGAGAGCGAAGGAAAUAAACAAAAGAAAACAAAGAGAGGAGGAGUGGGAAAAAGAGUGGGUGAUGAAGACGGAGAGGCUGACAGAAGAAGAAGGAGAGAGGGAAAGAGAGAAAGAGAUGGAGUUGAUGUGGCAGAGAAAGAAAGAGGAGGACAGGGAGAGAGCGAGACAGAAAGAGGAGAGACUCAGACAGCAGGAGAGAGAAAGACUGAGAGAGGAGGAAGAGAGAUCGAUUCCCGACCACGAGGAACACAGAUUGGAAGAAAAACUGAGAGCGAAGGAAAUAAACAAAAGAAAACAAAGAGAGGAGGAGUGGGAAAAAGAGUGGGUGAAGAAGACGGAGAGGCUGACAGAAGACAAAGGAGAGAGGGAAAGAGAGAAAGAGAUGGAGUUGAUGUGGCAGAGACAAAAAGAGGAGGACAGGGAGAGAGCGAGACAGAAAGAGGAGAUACUCAGACAGGAGGAGAGAGAAAGACUGAGAGAGGAGGAAGAGAGAUCGAUUUCCGACCACGAGGAACACAGAUUGGAAGAAAAACUGAGAGCGAAGGAAAUAAACAAAAGAAAACAAAGAGAGGAGGAGUGGGAAAAAGAGUGGGUGAAGAAGACGGAGAGGCUGACAGAAGAAGAAGGAGAGAGGGAAAGAGAGAAAGAGAUGGAGUUGAUGUGGCAGAGAAAGAAAGAGGAGGACAGGGAGAGGGCGAGACAGAUAGAGGAGAGACUCAGACAGGAGGAGAGAGAGAAAGAAAGAUUAAGAGAAGAGUCGAUGGAAAGAGAAAAGGAGAGGCAAAAGAAGCUGAAAGAGCAGCAAGAAAAAGAAGAAGAGAUGGAGAGAAAGAGAGAGGAGGAAAGAGAAAGGGAGAGGCAAAGGAGGCUGAAAGAGCUGCAAGAAAAGGAAGAAGAGAUGGAGAGAAUGAGGCAAAUAGAGAUGGAGAGACAGAGAGAGGAGGACAGGGAGAGGGCGAGACAGAUAGAGGAGAGACUCAGACAAGAGGAGAGGGAGAAAGAAAAAUUAAGAGAAGAAGCGAUGGAAAGGGAGAGGCAAAGGAGGCUGAAAGAGCUGCAAGAAAAGGAAGAAGAGAUGGAGAGAAUGAGGCGAAUAGAGAUGGAGAGACAGAGAGAGGAGGAAAGACGGGAAGAGGAAAGGAGGAGGCAGAUAGAGAAAGAAAGAGUGGAGGAGAUGGAGGGAAAAAUACGAGAGGAAUUAGAUAGAGAGCGAGCACAAGAACUGGAAGAAAAGCUAAGAAUGGAGUUAGAGAGAGAAAGGGAUGUGGUGAAAGUAGCAGAGCCAAAUUUAAUCAGCUUUGACUCUGAAGAUUUGCCCCCAGAGAGUCAGGUCGAAGUUGCUUACGACGACUUCUCCGUCAAACCCGCUUUGAUCACAGUGGAUUUUGACGACUAUUCAGUCAAACCGAAGAGAUGGGGCUCGCAGGCUAAAGUAGAACCUAGUCCGCCCAUCCAGAGUUGGGCAGCAGGCCCUGUGGAUAACUGGGAAGUUGAAGCGCUGGCACCCCUAGAUGUCAGUCCUCGAGAAAAUAAAGUGCCAGAGCAGGUGGAAAAACCAGACAGCCCAGAGCCUACAUUAUUAGCCCAGGAAAGUCAAGAGGAAGAGGAGGAGCAGAGGCCAAAGGAGGAGCAGCUCAUCUCCAUAGAGGUGGAGGAGGAGGAGGAGGUGCAGAGGGAGGAAGAUACAAAGGAAGAUGAAGUGGAAGAAGAAGACGAGCAGGAGGCACCAGUUAAUAGUUUUAGCACAAACAGUGAAGACACUGAUGCUUUGAUAGACACCGAGCCAGACCAGCAGAAUGAGGCCUACGAAAAGACAUCUGAAAUUGACAGUCCAAAGCCUGUCCCUGACGAGGUUCCUGAAGUCUCCCCUGAAAAUGUUGACACCACUGAUUUUCACAAAGAGCCUGAGCUGCCUCCAUUCCCUGAGAACUCCACUCCGCUCCUCGACACCAGCGCACAGAGGUCGAAAGCCACUCUGGGUAAGAGUCGAAGUCGAACUCGCUCGCGUCCGUCACGCUCGCUCCGUGGAAUUUUGUCUCCGGUGGACGGCAUGGACUGGAGGAGCUCCGACUCUACAGAUGAAAAUGACUCAUCUUCUAAGCACAGGGAGGCGGACUCUGAGGAGAAGCCUAAACCUCCCACCUCUCAUAGAGUCCCCAUGUUCCCUGGUUUGAGCCCUGCAGCCUUAAUUGCUCAGUUAAAAAAGAAAACAGGUGGACGAGGAAGUGGAGGAGGAGAGGAAGCCGAAGAAGAGAAGGAAAAUGAAAAUGAGGAAGCAGCACCAUCUCCCUCACAACUGUCCCGCUCUCCUCGCUCUGCCGCUCAUCUCGCGGGGGCUGCACGAGUGCUGCCACCCAUUGGCGGACCCACGGACGGAGGUGGCGGCUCCUCUCCCGCUUGGCUGAAAGAACUGAAGUCUAAGAAGCGCCUGAGUCAGUAUGACGGCGAGGCUUAGCCAGACGCAGUAGACACCGUGCCUUUGCUGUUCAGCAAGAAUAAAUCCAUCUCAGUUGCUGCUGCUGCUGCUGCUGACAGACACCUCGCCACGAUUGCUCCAUUUUCCACUUUGAGUGCCUUAUUUUGGACCUUUACUGAGAUAUGCAGGAGGGGAAUUCAGGCUUUUGCUGAACGUAGAGGCCAUCAGGAACUUUUCCGGCUUGUAAAUUAAAUAUGGUGCCAAGGCUAUGUGCCAAGACUGUGAUGUUUUAAUGCAAAGUACAUGUUUUUAUCUACUGCUGUACAGAGGCUCAAUGGAAUUUAGAGCAAAGCCAUGGACUGUCUUAUUGUUUGAAUGUGUUAGUCCAGGGGACUGAUGACACUAGGCCUUCAGCAGGGUACCUACCUUCACACGUAUGUACAGAAAAUACUGAAUAUAAAUAAUGGAUUGCA